GACUGCCCGACAACGUGCUCUCUAGAGAUUAUUUCUGUUCAGCCUCGAACCAGUUCAGGUUGAAGCCAAUAUUAUAUAGCGACAGGUGUAGCACUGUUUGCAGAAGUCAGGCGAAGGGACACUCCAGUUAUUCGUUUCGUGAUCCCGUGCAUCCCUCCCACGUUGCGUUUCAACGUAUCUUCCUAAUACGUAUUUGCACAUCGCGACAUAUCACCGGAGAGAGUCUGCUGUCAACGACCCGCUAUGUACUGCCAACGAAUUCCGGUGCAUGGAGUUUGCAGACUUCGUAGUUCGGCCGUUCCCUGGUUGCCCCUGGGAUGCCAGAUAUCGACCAAGGGAACCACGUGCCAGGAAGGUAAACCGGACGCCGAGCUUCGUUCAGUGAAGAUCGGCAACAUGAACCCAGCACUCUACAGCGCUAAUAACUGGCUUCAAAUUGGUGUGGGACGUCAACUCACGGAGUGGCUGAACCCGGCCUUUCAAGAAGACGAAGGCGACCAGCAGUACUUAGACAUCGGGUGCGGCGACGGAGCCGUCACCCGUAACGUCAUCCUGGAGAAUAGCAUGCCUUGCAGACGUCUUGUGGGGACCGACAUAUCUAGCGAUAUGGUCGAGUACGCGCGGGAACACCAUGCUCAUCCCAAAUUGGCGUACGAUGUCCUGGACAUAUGUGGGGAUAUGUCGAUGUUCAAAAAGCAGUACGGACAAUUUAGGCGGGUUUAUUCCUUCUUUGCAAUGCACUGGCUGGAGGAUCAGGACAAGGGAUUCAAGAACGUUGAGGAGCUAAUGACACCGGACGGGGAGUGCUUGCUAGCUUACGUGGGAAGCCAACCGGCUUUCGACAUUCUAGAACAACUAGCCACGAUGCAACGAUGGCGUGCUUACGCGGAUUGCUUUCGGCGCUAUGUACCGCUGAGCAACUCUAUAGCAAACCAACGGGGCUACAUGGAGAGACAACUGAAAAAUGCAGGCCUCAAACCGCAUACUUGCGAAGUGCUGCGGAUAUCCUGGAAAACUGCGUCUGAAAAAGCUCUGGCAGACAUGUUCGAGCCGCUACUCCCGCUCACCGACAACGCUCCAGCUGAGGAUAGGGAAGAACUUAUCAGAGAUUUCAUGCCAAGACUGCUAAAACACUCCAGGGAUGAAACCACCGGUGAUGUGGCCCUCCGUUUUAAACUCUUUGUAGUUCACGCUUCAAAGGUUUCGAAAACAUAAGGCGGUUACUUCAUGGUGCAGUGACAGGCAAUGCGGAUACGUCGCAUCACAUCGCUUACAGCUGGUAUACUGCUUCUUGUAUGGGUGUCAGAAAAUAUGUGCUUCUGUCCUCAUGUAUCCCUGCACGUCCCUUCGAAUAGCAAGUACCUCUUUCUAGCUCUAUCUGCUGCUCUACCUCAGUACUAGCGGUAGACAAGAUUAGCAUUAGUUAAAGAAGUGGAGCUUUUCUAGCGGAAGUGGGCGGUGACACAAUGUAUAGCAUGACUCUGAAUGUCGAUAUUGCGCAGGCAGGUAUAAAGAGGCUACAUUGUAUCCGAUAAAUAGAAACGUUAAGCAGGUAACAUAUAUGUUUUGUUGUAGGCUUUUUAUUGUUUUUAUUGCAAUAAACCAGAAGUAACUUCUGUCCUUCUGCUCUAGCUCGUCAGUAUUAGCAGUGAACCAGAUUCGCACCAGUUUAAAAAAAAAAACGUGCAACCUUUCUAACGGAAGUGGUUUGUAACGCAGCAUAGAACAUGGCACUCAAUGUGGAUGUAGUGCAGAUAGGUAUAAAGGGGAACAUUAUAGAUCAGAAGAAUAAGAAAAAUGGAAACGUUGAUCAAGUUGUGUUGAUUUUAGCUGUAGGAUUUUCAAUGUUUGAUUGGAAUAAACCAAAACUGACUUGUCA